AUGGGAAUCGCGAUGGGUAUCGCCGGCUCGGACGUAUCGAAGCAAGCAGCCGACAUGAUCCUGCUGGAUGACAAUUUCGCCUCCAUCGUGACCGGAGUGGAAGAAGGUCGAUUGAUCUUCGACAACAUAAAGAAAACGGUCGCAUACACCCUCACGAAAAACAUGACGGAGCUCGCGCCGGUCGCGCUCUUCAUCAUCGCCGCCAUCCCGCUGCCUCUCGGGACCAUCACGAUCCUCUGCAUCGACAUCGGGACCGAUAUUGUGAUCGUCCGUAGUCAUUCGAGAGCAAUACGUAAUUCUGACUGCAUCAGUAGCCUUGGUAUUGCCUGGAAAUGUCUUGAGUUCGAAAUUGAGUGUCGCCCGAUCCAGCUUCCAGCGGUCGCCCUCGCCUAUGAGAAGGCCGAGUCGGACAUCAUGAAGCGCCAGCCCAGGAAUCCCUUCACGGAGAGAUUGGUGACUCCUUGCCUCGUGUGCAUGUCGUACUUCCACAUCGGAGCGAUGCAAAUAGCAGGGGGAUAUCUCGCAUACUUCACGAUCCUGGCGCAGAGCGGAUUCAGGCCUCUCAGUCUGUUCGGGCUCCGCUCUCAUUGGGACUCCAAGGCGAUCAACGAUCUGGAGGAUUCGUACGGCCAAGAAUGGACGUAUACUGACCGCAAGAACUUGGAAUUUGCAUGUUAUGCCGGCUUCUUCCUUGCCAUCGUGAUCGUGCAAUGGGCCAAUCUCAUCAUCUUGAAGACUCGGCGCAAUUCGGUGUUCCAGCAGGGAAUGACGUGA